AUGUCGUGGAUUACUAACAGUCAAUUAUUUGUUUUUGCGAUAACUUUAGGUUGGGUUUCGUCUCAGGAAUAUAUUGAAAAUCUACACGAUUCAAAAUUUGCAACACACUUCAAAGAAAUACCACAAUCAUUCGAAGUAAGAGGAUUCGAUGCUAACACUCAAUUUCAAAAGUUUUUCGAUCGGAUACAAGAAGUAGCGAUGCAAGAAAACCUAAACGUGCUUUACAAGAUAAAGAUCGAAGUAGACAAGCCGACAAAAUACCAUGGGAAAAGGGCAAUCUUGAGGAAAGGGAGGUCAAAGAAGUACAACAUACCGCUUAAGAAGACGAGUAUGAAGCUAUCAAACUUCGAGAUGUGGUUACGGAAGAUGGCGGAACAAUCCGGAGUCAACAAGAAGGGUCGUUCGCAAAACUUCGAGAUGUUCGCCUCAGCUACAACCGAAGGACAAAAGGUGAUAACAACAACAAAACAAAUACAGCUUAAAUACAAACCGAUUAUUUCAAAGACCAAGACUAAUUACACAAAAUUUGUGAAGCCCGUGAGAAGCAGAACUAUUACUCUGACUAAGUAG